GCCGGGCCCCCAGGAGGGGCGACAGGCAUCGGGCCCCCAGGCGGGGCGACAGGCAUCGGGCCCCCAGGCGGAGCGACAGGUCUCGGGCCCCCAGUCAGAGCGGCGGGCGCCGGACCCCCAGGCAGAGCGACAGGUCUUGGGCCCCCAGGCGAAGCGGCGGGCGCCGGACCUCCAGACGGAGCGACAUGUCUCGGGCCCCCAGGCGGAGCGACAGGCACCGAGUCACCAGGCACGAUAGUGGGCUCCGAGUCAACUGGCAUGACCGCGGGCACUGGGUCAGACAUUGGAUCGUCUGGCAGGACAGCGGGCAUUGGGUCACCAGGCAUCAGGUCAUUUGGCUCGACAGCGGGCACCGAGUCAUCUGGCAAGGCAGUGGGCACCGAGUCACCAGGCACGACAGUGGGCUCUGAGUCAAUUGGCAUGACCGCGGGAACUGGGUCAGACAUUGGAUCGUCUGGCCCGACAGCGGGCAUCGGGUCACCAGGCAUGACAGCGGGCACU